GUUACUUCCACUCCGCACACCCCCAACUAUUUAGACGCUACUCACAGCGCCGCCUCUCCGAGAGAAGAAACCCUACCCCGCGCCGCCGCCGCUUCUUCCUCCGCCGGCGUGAGCCCAAGCCCCACCCAGCGCCGACGCCAUGUCGCUGAUUGCGGGGGAGGACUUCCAGCACAUCCUGCGUCUGCUCAACACCAACGUGGACGGCAAGCAGAAGAUCAUGUUCGCGCUCACCGCCAUCAAGGGUGUCGGGCGCCGCUUCUCCAACAUCGUCUGCAAGAAGGCCGACAUCGACAUGAACAAGCGGGCUGGUGAGCUGACCCCGGAUGAGCUUGAGCGCCUCAUGACUGUGGUUGCUAACCCUCGCCAGUUCAAGGUCCCGGAUUGGUUCCUCAACAGGAAGAAGGACUACAAGGAUGGUAGGUUUUCCCAGGUUGUCUCCAACGCCCUCGACAUGAAGCUCAGGGAUGACCUCGAGAGGCUGAAGAAGAUCAGGAACCACCGUGGUCUGCGUCACUACUGGGGCCUUCGAGUCCGUGGCCAGCACACCAAGACCACGGGCAGGCGUGGAAAGACUGUUGGUGUCUCGAAGAAGAGAUAAACCCCGUCUUCUAGGCACAGCGUGCUGGCAUAUCUUCAGAGUGUCCUAAUGAUGCGAACCUUUGUGUUACCUUAUUCUGGAAGAUGUUUUGCUCUAGGGUAGAUGAUGAGUUGUUUCGAAACUUGUGAUAUAUUGUAACUCGUUUGGUACCUGAGUUGCUAGCGGAUUGAAUUCAACGUUCUCUGAACCGGCUAAAGUUUUGUGCUUAAAAAAACGCAUGUCCAUUUCAGUCAUUCAAUCUGAACCCCGCAACAGUCAGUGAUGGUAGUACUUCUCUUGACUUUA